GUGAAUAGAUUGCUCUUGUCAGAUCUUGUAAUACUGCAUUGGUUUCUUGUGCAGAUGUCAGUAGAUCUUAAGAGAGGAGAAACUCUUCCGAUCCAUAUAAAUGUGACUUUUCCUUCAUUACCCUGUGAAGUCUUAAGUGUGGAUGCAAUUGACCUUUCUGGUAAACAUGAAGUGGACUUGGAUACUAACAUUUGGAAGCUCCAUGUGGAUAGCGAGGGUCACAUUUUGGGUACUUCCGAGUUCUUAACAGAUCUUGUUGAGAAGGAGCACUCAACACAAGAGCAUGAUGGUGAUAAAGAUCAUCAUGAGGAUUCCUCCCACAAGAAGCAUGACCAAGGUGUUAGUUUUGACACUGAUGCGAAGAAAAUGAUUGAGAAUACGAAACAGGCAAUUGAAAAAGGUCAAGGUUGCAGGGUAUUUGGUGUACUAGAUGUGCAAAGGGUCGCUGGUAAUUUCCAUAUAUCCGUCCAUGGUUUGAACAUUUUGGUAGCCCAGCAGAUUUUUGGGGUAUCAUCAAAUGUAAAUGUUAGUCACGUGAUUCAUGAUUUGUCAUUUGGUCCCAAGUAUCCUGGCAUCCAGAAUCCACUAGAUGGAACCACUCGUAUUUUGCAUGAAGCUAGUGGAACUUUCAAGUAUUAUAUCAAGAUUGUCCCAACAGAGUAUCGGUACCUAAAUAAAGAUGUUUUGCCCACAAAUCAAUUUUCUGUGGCCGAGUAUUUUGUUCCCCUAAAGGACGCAGACAGGUCCUGGCCAGCUAUAUUCUUCUUGUAUGAUCUCUCUCCUAUCGCGGUGACCAUAAAGGAAGAACGACGUAGUUUUCUACAUUUCAUCACUCGGCUCUGUGCAGUGCUUGGUGGUACAUUUGCUCUUACAGGAAUGCUUGAUAGGUGGAUGUUCAGAUUCCUCGAGUCCUUCGCCAAACCAAAAGCUCGAAGCACCAUGCGGUGAUUGUUUCGACUGUUCAACUGAGAAGUUUACUCUUAUUGUCGUUCAUCGCCCUUUCAGGAAUGAGCAAAUUCACCAGGUCGGGCUGAUUUAUGUUACAGAGGGUUUUUUGCUAUCUAUAUAUUUAACUACUGGGUUUUGGUUGUAGUUUUAUUGAUUUUUGUGCAAUAUUUCCCAUUUGUUUUGGAUAGUUUUCUAAGUACCCAUUCUCCAAACCUGAGUUGUUAUUAAACUUUUUGUAGAAUGUCAAUUGUCGCUUAUUAUUGCAGGGAUUAGAGAUUU